UAGGACAGUGUUUGGCGACGUUGUGGAUCUUGGUGAACCGAUCAAGGCACAAAGAAAGACUAUAAUGGUCCUUAGUCAGAUGGAUGCCGGUAAAGCGUUGACGGCGGCAGCAGCCAAAGGGAGCACGACCGAGGUGCAGCGGAUCCUGGAGGAGUGCAGGGUGCAUCCUGACACUGUCAAUGAAUUUGGCAGGACUGCGCUACAGGUAAUGAUGAUGGGGAACUCCAAGAUCGCUAGUUUGCUGUUGGAAAAAGGAGCAGACCCCAACGUCCAGGACAAACACGGGAUAGCGCCUGUCCAUGAUGCAGCCCGUACAGGAUUCCUCGACACAGUGCAGGUUCUGGUGGAGUGCGGCGCUUCAGUAAACCUCCCUGACCAGACCGGCACCUUGCCCAUCCACAUUGCCAUCCGGGAAGGCCACCGGGAUGUUGUGGAGUUCUUGGCACCGCGGUCCGACCUGAAGCACGCCAACGUCAGUGGUCAGACGGCGAUAGACGUGGCCCGAACUUCAUGCGUGCCUGAUAUGAUUGACUUGCUUUUCGCUCACAUUCAUAGUUAGUCCGUGUUCUGGGUGCUGGGGGCCUUCGGGGUGACCUGAACUUCACACUUUUUGCUUCAAACCUGGUGACUUGAAUUCAUUGCUGUGUAAAGGAUUAUUUUUUUGUUAAUAGUGGCUCAGCAUUAAUAUGUGAUACAGGACACAUUGUCUUGGCAGCUUAUUGUCAGUGGAUGGGUGGCUAUAUACAGUAGACACCUCUUUUGCACAGUGCAAUUUAGGCACCUUUAUAUACAAAUAUAUAUAUCUGUUUUCCCUAUUAAUUGGGAGUGCACAUUUGUAGAUAGUUCCCCCAGUGUUUUAUAAUUAUUUCCAUUGUGUAAGAAUUGUAACAGUUGAUACAUUUUAUGUUGUUUUUUUUUAAUUUACAAAACUUGAAGUGGUG